UCAAUCCUCGCUCGACUCCCGUAACAAAACAAUUGCAAUUAUUAGUGAGCGAGCGAUUCAGAGUUUCGAGGAGGUUGAAAAAAUGGAAAAACCGGAGGACGAUCGAUGCGGAUAAGAAGAAAGUGAAGUGUCAAAGUUCGAGUGUGUAAAUCUGCAUCGAUUAGCUCGUCGAUUCGAUCGUAAACGUCGCUCAUUAUUCCAACUCACUGAGCCAGCAUCGUUUGCGAGAAUCUUCCGAGAGAUCAAAGUCAAACCCGAUUCGUUCCCCCCCUCCGAGCGCUCGUUUCCGCGAGCAAAGUCUCCAUUUUUUCAAAUCAUCGUCUCGACCAACUGGAGGCAAUAAAAACAUAAGCAAAGAAAAAUGCUGCCAACGAUUAAAAACGGCGAGUCCACCUGUGGAUCGACGACGAAAGCGUGCGGUGACCCGAACGCUGGAUAGACGAGAUCGCUAAUGGACCGUGACCUUUGACCCUGGGAGGAAAGAACGAAAGAGAAAAAAGCACCAAAUCGUUGUUGAAGCUCCUCGAUUAAAAACGCUGCUAAAAUGCGAGAUUGAAGUUUCGAUCAAUUUCUUUUUCGAGAAGCCCGUGAAAUUCGUUAAGAGCCGAAUCCCUUCGAUGAAAUACAUUUUUUUCACUAUCAAUUUGCAAUCAAUUCGGAUGCUCGUAAAAAUCGAGCCGACCAUCAGCGAGGUCAGUGGAAAGUGAGCGUCGUCACCCCCGUGCGAUUUCGCUGCAUCCACCGCCCCGGAAUCCGGAGCGUUAACGGGGGAGCUGGAACUUCCUCGAGGUGACGGUGAUUCGAUCCGACCGAGCGAUCAUCAUCGAUUAACACGAUUUCACGUGGAAUCUUGUACAGCGUCAAAUAAAAUGAAGGCGCGUACGAACCAAGUCUCGUCCGCAUUAGAAUUCAUAGCGGCACGUUACGUGAUUAAUUCUCGGUAAUAAAAGUCCACUCGAUGACGCGUUCGCCCCGCCGAGGGGACGACAAAGUUGCAUCGCUCGGGACGCGAAUAUUCACGGCGAGAAGCCUCUGCGAGAGGCUCGAGUGGAAACUGCGCACGAAAAACGCGAAGCUCUCCGGCAUCCAACGCUUCUUCGGUUCUCAGCGACGAAGCUAGGGAAGCAAAACAAUUGGGAGAGGAGGGAGGAAACGAGUUGGCUUCGAUGAGAUUGCGGAACGGCCAAAUUCACGUGGCUCUUACGAGUCCAACUCGAAUUCACCGUUCGAGUGACAUUUGCGCUUUAUUCGUGGCUCCCCGGACGCGCCAGGCCUCGAUCCCCAAUUCUGAGUCGAGGAAUCUCGCUGAACGCGAAAGCCCGAGGAACGCAGCGCCAGAAACUGCCUCGGAGAGAUCUCUGCCGAGUGACGUUUGCCGAGAAUCACUUUACCCGUAUUGAUUUGCAGAUCGAAAAAGGAGAGGAGAGGAAGAAAAGUGAUAUGUUGAUGCAGGAGAAAACUUGUGCCCCUGCCGGAAGUGGACACGCGCCUGGAAAUAUGGAUGAGUGUGAACCGGUACACGCGAACCUAUAAGUGCACGUUUCUCCGUUCAUAGGCACACGAACGCGCAUCUGUGGAUAGAAAGAUAUUCGAGUGUGUGCACGAGUGUUCUGACCACUGAGCGAGGAAGUUUCGUGCCCGCGAUAUUCGUUAUUACACAUCGAGCAAGCCCCUUUCAGAAGUAUCGUGCACGAGGCGGAUUAAAUUGGAGAAAAAAAAGGAGAAAAGGAAAAAACGAAGUCGAGAAAAAUUCGCACAUACGAGCGGCAAAUGAUAUACGGGGGCGCGUCGUGCGUGCGAGAAUAGCAAAACGAGAUGGCUUACGUCCUGUGGCGAGUACUGAUGAAGAAAUACUCAAAGGUGCGGCUCGGCAUCAGAAAUCAUCCGGUGAUUCCGGUGGAGCGCAGAAUCCCGGAGAAGGAUGAAACAUGGUCUUUGGCGUCGGAGGUAAACCGGGACGAAGAUGGCGGUGGGGGCUUAAAUCCGCCAGGAUUAGAGGCGAGUGCAGAGCCGGGCUUGACGAAAUUAGACGAAAACGUUGAAACGGAAAGCGAAGUAGUUUCGGCGGUCGGGGGCGAGUCGGGUCUCGGCUCGAGGGGUCACGAGACCCGGAAGAGCAAAACUCGCAGAGUCAAAAGUUACCUUCGAAAGUGCAAGGGCGCGUUGACGAGUAGGAGCGAGGACUCGAGUUCGGUGGAGAGACGAGAGAGGAAUUCAACUUGCACUUCUUGGUACGUGAACGAGGAAGAUCCUAGAGGGAGUCAAGACAACGAAGAUGGAAUCGGGCUCGAUUUUCCUACGGUUAAACUCCCGGAAGCAGCCGAACGGAGGAGGUCACUCGAGGAGCGAGAAGUCACCGAUGAUCUCGAAACUGAGGAACCGCAAGCGAGACACGACAGCCCGAGGAAAGACAGCGGAUUUUCCGUUUACGAAGAUGCCUCCGACGAGCCUUUGGAAAUCCCCGACAACCCUCGAGAGCGCGUUGGCUCCCGUGAAACUCUUGUUCUCAACGACGAUGCCAUUUUGUUGAACAAGUGCGAUUCGAGUGACACUUUAAUAGCCGAUUUGCCGGAAAUCGUAACCACCCAAAUCGCGCAAUCGGACGCGAGUGUUUCCGGCACCGAAGACGAUGAGAAGGUCCAAGGACUCAAGUCGAGUCUUCCUACGGGCCGAGGGGACGUCGCCUCUCUCGUGCGAAUACUCUUAGGACCGAUCUACGGCGAGGGCGUUCUCGACCUCCUCACCAGACAGGCCAGGGAUAUUCUCGUGUGCGCUUAUCACGGCAAUCUCGAGAAUUUCGUCAAAUCUUAUCUCUCACCUGCUGCAGAAUUGCUCGCAGCUGUAAAAGAAGUUUCUUCAGAAAACAGAAACGAGUGCAUCGUACCGGAUGGCUGGCCGCUGACUCUUUCUGGCACCGGACUCGUGCUUCAACUUGGCGAACUCGAGGCAUCAACCCUGAGACACGGGGAAUGUUAUCUCUGCGUGCGAAAAGCCACGAGCCAACGAAGCAACAGUAUCGGCAACAGUCUCGCUAUCGAGGGGGCCAAUACGAGUUCUCCGAUCGGGGACAACGCCGACGGAUUUAAUAUCGUCGAGAUAGCCCUGGUGUGGCGAUCGUCGAUGCGGUCCCCAGGGAUCCUCGGUUGGGACCGCGAGGACGAGUUCAUGGACUGGCGGGACCCAACGCGAAAAUCUCUCGGCGGAGGCUCGAGCGGUCGAGCAGUGGUUUCCCAGUCAGCAAGUUCGAGUUUGGGCUUGUCGAAUAACCAAAGCGCCAAGUCGCGUCCGCGCAGGAGAUCGCGGGAGGAGUCGACGCGUUCGCGUUCCGCGUGCAGCAGCGAGGAUCGUGAGAGCGAAAAGAGUUCGGUAGGCUCGAAAGAUCGUUACGAGUGCGAGAGCGAGCGUUGGAGAAGCGAGGGAGGGAAGGAGGACUGCGUGGAUCAUGUUGAAAAGUGCGCCAGAACGAGAAACGAUUCGCAAAUGACGAUAACGCGCGAGGAGAUGCUGAAGAGCGAGGAUUCCGGGCUGGAGGGAGACUCGAGUUAUUCAGAGGAGAUCGCCAAGUGUCAUACGGGACUUUGUAAAAUGGCGUCGCUGAGUAUCGACAAGUGGAAAGAGGCGAGCACCAAUUGCCCGAUAUCCUCUAGCCUCGAGACUUCCGGUCGAUCUCUCAAGAUCGAAGAUCUCGAAAGUCCGAUUGCUCUGGAGCGAGCGAUAAACGGAAGUUUGACCGGCAACAAUUCGACGAUGUACGAUUGCUCGACCAAAUCUUCCACCUCGUCCGGCUUUUGUUCGACGACCGGUGCUCCCUCCAACGAUACCGAGGCAAACACUAACAGAAGCGUCUCCAAUCACAGCAUCGAGACUCUCCUCCUCCGCGACGAAACCAUCAUCGCGACCAACAAUGACGAUCUCGCCGAUCUAAUCAGCACCCUCGUCGUCAGCGUUGAACGGAAAAUCGAACGCGUCAAUCUGGACGAUCUCGUGUUCCCUUGUCCGGCUUGUCGCAACAUCGACACCGAUGAUCCUCUUCUCGGGUGCAAAUGCGGCGCCGAAGCCUGCGAGUGCCCUGGCGCUGGUGGCGAGCAAUGCGAAUGCGGCAUUCCCAAUCAUCACUCUACCGCCAACGAUUCCCGCACCUUCGAAAUCGCCGGCAUCAAGCACAUCGACAGCGACGAUGAGGAAGAAGUUCGCAUGGGCUUUGGUACAAAGAGAAGAGUCGAAGAAAUAUCGACGCCCAGGAGCGUUCACGAUUUGCCCGAUCACGUGUUAAAUUGUGGCCUCAAACUUCCUGGUUACGCGGACUCGAACGGCAGAUUCGUCCUGGAGUUCGAGCCCGAUUCGGCAAACAGGAAGGAGGUCCUAUGCGCCCGGGAAAUAGCGGCCUACAUUCUCUACCUCGUUCGACUUCGCAGUGACGACAGAACGAAGGAGGAGUGGACUUUUCUCGUGAACGGAGCGAGCCCCGACGACCUGGAGAUGCUCGAUCGCGCUCUCGUCCUCCUCAAGGACAAGAUCAACGUAAUUCGAGUGCUGAUACUGCGCCUGCUGAGAACGGAGGGAUUGGCCGAGCCCCAUUUGUCCAGGAGUCGAGUCAAGACCUUGAACGUUGAUGACGCCACUAUUAACGAGCACCUACCAAAACGGAGAGACGAGAGUCACGAUCACGCCCAAUGGAUCACAUUUUACAAGGAUUACGACAGCUUGAUGAGCGAAUGGCAAGCCGCCGGACGCAGAUUAGCUCUCGAGAUGUCCGAGCUCAAAGAGUGCACCAAUCUCGCGGGCUCUCUAACCCCCUUAAAUCGUCUACUCACCGAUCCUACUCUGAGAAGAACGUCGAGAGACGCCGCCGAGGCGAUGAGCAUUCUCGAAGAAAGAGCCGCACCGCUCGCCCAUCUCGAUUACGUCAGUCGCUCUGUAACGAGAGCUCGGAGACUCAUCGAGGAAGUUGGGAACGCAGCGACGAGGCUAGAAUCCUCGUUCGAGUCCAGGCGUGCAACGAUACGAAAUUUGGCAGUUUUGCGCAGCAUCGAGGACCAAGCACGCGAGGUGUUGAACUGGCUCUGCAAGAAGGGAGAAGACGUACUUGCUAAACACGCUCAGCACAUCGCCACUACCCUCACCGUGGCUCGGCUCCACGAGCGUGAGUUCGAAAAGUUCUACUUCACGUCCAUGAGACAUUUGGACAAGGGGAGCGAUCUUGCGGAGGCUGCGAGCGCCAGCGGUCUUCGCGAACUCGCUCGAUCGUUGAAGCAGCAUCUGCGUGGCUUCGGUUCGCGUCUGGAGGACAGACGAGAGUAUCUCGAGGACACGUCGAGAUGUUGUCUCCUGCAGGAUCGGGCGUACGAGUGGGCGCACGAGGCGCGCAUGGCGGGGGAGAGAAGAUCCCAACAGUUUUUGAUGGCCCGACCGCCGCUUCCGCCCGAACAUUUCACCGAAAUGAUCGGUCUCGCUGAGAAACUCGGCAAUGAUGUUCUGCUCGAACAGUGCCGCAUCGCCAGGAACAAGUGCACCGAAGCCCUCGAGUUUGCCAGAAGCGUUUCCGCACUCGGCAGCCCUGCGAGACGGAGAUCUCUCGCUCCUUCCGAAUCCGCUACCUCCUGGGACGAUGGCCUUGGAAAACGAGCUUCUUGGGACGACAGUGACAGCAACGCUUCGUACACAUGUCCAGCGGAGACGAUAGGAAACGGCAGCAACGGGAGUGGUCGUCCAGCCCUGGACAACAUCGCCGAGCUGCGCGAAAGUGCCGAGCAGCUUUUGGACUGCUCGCCACCAAGAACACCGCCGAGAAGCCCUGCACCGAGGAGACUCGCCAAGCCACCGGUCAAUUCUCAUCUUCACAGAGCGCCCAGCAUUGCUCCUGGCAUGAAAGCCAAAAAAACGAUACUGCUCAUCAUGAGGGAGAUGAUACAGACUGAACGAGACUACGUCAGGUCUCUCGAGUACAUAAUCGAGAAUUACAUUCCGGAGCUGGUUCGGGAGGACAUACCACAAGCUAUGAGAGGCCAGAGGAACGUCAUCUUUGGAAACGUUGAAAAAAUCUACGAAUUUCACAGUCAACACUUUUUACGUGAAUUGGAACAGUGCGAACAGUCACCGAUGAUGGUUGGACAAUGUUUCUUGAGACACGAAAAGAAAUUCUAUCUCUACGCUCUGUACAACAAGAACAAGCCGAACUCAGAUUCCCUGAUGGCGGAGUACGGAACGAGUUUCUUCAAAACAAAGCAGCUGGAGCUCGGUGACAAGAUGGAUUUGGCGAGUUAUUUGUUGAAGCCGGUGCAGCGAAUGGGAAAAUACGCGUUGUUGCUGCAACAGUUGGUGAAAGCUGGAACCGAUUUGACGGAGCAGCUUACCGGUAAGGAGGACAAGGACGAGCACGAGGAUGAGAGCAAGCCGAUCGUUGAGGGCGAGGCCGACCUGAGGGCAGCUGAGCAAAUGGUUCGAUUCCAAUUGAGGCAUGGAAACGAUUUGCUGGCCAUGGAUUCCCUCCGCGAUUGUGAUGUGAACGUCAAAGAACAGGGUCGACUGCUCAGACAAAACGAGUUCCUCGUUUGGCAGGGCAAAGGCAAAAAAUGCCUGAGACAAGUAUUUCUCUUCGAGGAUCUCAUACUUUUCAGCAAAGCUCGGAGGUUUCCGGAUCGAAAGAACUUGGAUAUUUACAUCUACAAGCACAGCAUCAAAACAACGGACAUUGGCCUGACCGCGGUGAUCGCGGACUCUCCGACCAAGUUCGAAAUAUGGUUCCGCAAGAGAAAACCCGGCGACACGUACACGCUGCAAUGCGCGAGCGAAGACAUCAAGAAAGCGUGGACCGAGGAACUCAGCAAUCUCCUGUGGAAACAGGCGCUUCGAAACAGAGAAGUGCGCCUCGCCGAAAUGUCGAGUAUGGGAAUAGGAAACAAACCGUGUCUGGACAUCAGGCCAAGCGCCGAUCAAAUCAACGACCGUUCCAUCAGCGUUGCUCAACUCUCCAAAACUCCGAGAUUCCGCAACUCAAUAGCGGUCUCGAUGUCCGACGAUUCCGGACGCUGCAGUCGGCGACCUCACAGCGUUAUAUCCGUGAGCUCUUCGUCCAGCAGUGGUGGUAGCAGCGGACCUCCGACCACUCUCCAUCUCGGUCUAGACACGAGUCCACGACCUCAUCAUCGAAGCACCACACUCAAUAGCCAAUGCAGCGUCGAGAGCGGUAUAAUCGCGGACAUUUCCAUCGUGUCCGACGACGGUGGGGACGGAACGGAUCGGAAUCAUUGGAAAUCGACGAUGGAGAGUCCAACGUCACAUUUGACAGCGACAUCGACGCCGCUGCAGUCGCCGACGAGUUCGAAUCCAGCGACGUUGAACGCGAGCUCAGCAUCGACGACGGACGUAAAUUUGACAGCUUACGAUCAAGAAAUGUCCAUUAAUCUUUGAACGACAUUCCCUCUCAAUCGGGCCUCUUGAGGGAUCCGAUUUAUAUUUUUUUACAAUUUUUCUUCCCUGAAACAGAGCAGAACGAUAACAAAACUCGUACUUUUGUAUUUUUUUUUAAAUUUAUAACCGAGGGAACCAAAAUGAGAGAUGUACGUGCGUAAGCUCACUGCCCGCUGAAGCGGAACUGAGAAAAAAGAGCCAAUUCGCCACUCUGGAAUGUCGAUUUUUUUUCUUCUACUUUCCUUCGAGAUUUUUCUUUUUUCAAUACGCACAGAGGUACCAUUUUUGUAAAAUAAUGUUAAUAUUAAAGGAUCCAUGAUGUUGUUGGCACAGAGAAAACGAGAGACUUGAUCGAUUGUCAUUUGAUCAAGGUAGAUUUGAUUUCUCUUUAACUUUAUAAAUAUAUAAAUAAAUAAAUCAUCAAAUGAGUUAAUAUUUACUGGAUUAAACAAUGUAUAUAAUACGAUUUUAACGACAGUCAAAUUUGUACAACUUCCUUAUAACGCGUUUAUUUAAUAUUUCUUACUCAUUUUUUCCUCCAUCUCUAUCGCUGCUCUCCACCAAGAAGCCAAAUUUUCAUUUUUUCGAUUUCUUUUUGCUCUCGAUCUUGCAGCAAGCGUUUAAUUUUUUCCCCGACCGUUUGAACAAUUAUUGGGCUCGCGCGUGUGGAUCAAAUGUUUUUGGACCGGCUUGAGAAAUGAAAAAAUCGACGAUUCAAUAGCCGCACAUUGUAAGCUGGACUCAAGACAGUCCACAUUUGGCUCGUACAAAAUUGCUUCCUCGGUCGCGAUGAUUUCGCACGAGCCAGUCGCCGUCAGCCCACUCUUUCGUUGCCAAGGUCUGCCAAGAUAUUGCGAUUAUAUCUCAUGGAUAACGACCGAAAACCUUUAAAGAAACAAAAUGGAAAAUUAUGAUCGAGCACUUGUAUAAAAACACUAGUUUAUUGGGGAAUUUUAGUAUUUUCUGAAUUUAUGAUUCAACGCACUCGAAAGUGCUUUUUUUCAAGGUGAAAUGGUCACUCGUGUUGAAAAAGCCUCAUUUUUCGUAUAUUUUUUUCUCCUUCUUAUUUUCACUGAAAAAGUGACACACGAUAUUCGAAAAUUGAUUACGAAAACCAAAUAUUCAACGUUCCGACCAUGUCGGAUUCGAUUUUCAAUCUCAUUCUCAUGAAACUCCGUUUCAUUACGAUGAGAUCGUAACGUCACUUUUACGUAAAAAAGAGAAAAGUAGAUAACCGAGUAAAAAUAAACGAAAGAUAUUUUUUUUCAAUUUUACGACCCGUGUCUAUAAAGUCCUAUUGUAAGAUUUUUCGGAGCGAGGAAUAUACCAAUAAUUGAGCAUUGGGUAAAAAUCGUCCCAGAGGCUUGUUUUCGUCAUUUUUAUAUACAUAUAUAUAUAUAUAUAUAUAUAGAGAUAAUAUAAAUAUAAAUAGUGAAGCACAAAAACGAUACAUCGGUGCAUCGAGCGAAGAGCAUGUUUCGUUUGAAUUUUUUCAUCGAAAGUAAGACUACAACACUCUCAGAAGGACAAAAUAUUAUAUUUUCUGUGCAAUUUUGUCGUUUGGUCUCGCUUUCGAACCAGGAAUAACUACAUCGAAUACAUGGGAAUCAUGUAUUUCGAUUGAAAACAAAAGAGAUAAGAAAAAUGCGGUACCUUUAUAAGAAGAUAUGCCAAUAGUCAUUUAAUAUUAUUAAUCGUAGAUAUUUAUUAAUAUUUUUUUAAAUAGAAUUAUCGUACUACAUAAAUAUAUAUGAAGAAUUACAUAAAUAUAUAUAAAUAUACAUGAAGCUGUCAUGUGAGACUUUCAUUCCGGAAUCCUGACCGUUUUUCAUUGGUACAAAAAUAUCUCAAAAAUGUCAGAAUCGAUGAGAAAACAAUUUCACAUUUAUCGAGCUUUGAUGAUUUGAGAAUUUAUAAAUCAUAUUCUUGCACGUUGACCCAAUUAGUGCUUUUGACAAAAAAAAAGUUUUUAAUAUUAGAGAAAGUCAACUUGAGUUUUUUUCAUAAGAGAUAAGCUCAACUUUAGAUAUUUAAAAUUAAUUCUUCUGCAGCGAAAUGAAAUUUUUUCAUUUGAGCAUAUCGGUGAGUCGCCAAAUGAAGGCAGUUAUUUAAAAAAAAAUAGAAAAGUUGAGAAAACCACAAAUUUCUUUAAUCUUUCCAAUGUGUCGGACAGUUAAAAUUUUGUAUCAUUGGAAAGAGUCAGAUUGUUGAGAUAAGAAUUUCAAGUGGAUUGCCUAAUGUAUAUUUAUACAUAUCUAUAGAGGGAGUAAUUAAAAGUAAAAAAAAAAAGCAUCAUAAUGAAAGUUGUAUAUACCGAAUUACGAUUGAUAACACUUUUAUGUCAGUAUUGUACUCUGUAUCUAACACCGAUGUAUUUUAUUAUACUUAUAUCAAAUAUAUAUAUACUAUAUUGGGUGCCUUUUUGUAGCGAAAAACAUCGAGACUCGACGAUUGUAUAAUUUGAAAAACCGGGCGGGUAAUACAGCCUAGGAGCCUGGUUCUUCCGAAGUUUUUCAUAAAGAUGGCCGAACAGCGUCAUUGAACUUCAUUUUUGAUGAUGCAAUCACUUUACUUUCAGGCCAUUUUCGGUAAGAGAACAAUAUAUAAAUAGAUAUAUAUUCUCAUUCUGUAUCGUAAAUUCAUUAGUCGAUUAUGUACGUCAAAAUUCAAAUAAAGAGCAGAGUUAUGAAUAAAAAAAAUUGGAGGUUAUUGAA